UUGAUGACAUCAGCAGCAACCGCUGCCGCAGCAAUGGUCGCUUUUACAGCGCUGUGUACACGACGCUGACAGCCAAACGUGUUCGUUUGUGUGUAGUUUCUUAAACAUAAUUGAGUUUGUUUGUAUACGUUUCGAGAAAGAAGAAAAAAAAAAAAACAUGAGGGUUGUCGUUUGUUUUCCUGGCUGCUUACUGACGCUGCGUAUUUUCGCCGGACUCCUGAGUUUCGCCUCAGGUUUCUAUCUUCCGGGUUUGGCUCCUGUCAGUUUUUGUGAGCCGGGGAAAGACGAGCAGGUCCCGGACUGCAGGUCUGAAAUUGAGCUGUUUGUGAACCGGCUGGAUUCAGUGGAAUCAGUUCUUCCUUAUGAAUACACUGCGUUUGAUUUUUGCUCUGCACCUUCAGAAAAAAGGCCCUCAGAAAAUUUAGGUCAAGUUUUAUUUGGUGAAAGGAUAGAGCCAUCUCCGUACAAGUUCAAAUUCAGAGUGAAUGAAGAAUGUUCACAUGUUUGUACAAAAAAUUACAAUACCGAAAAACAAGAAGAAAAAAUAAAGCUGGAUUUCCUGAAGAAGGGGAUGCUGCUGAAUUAUCAGCACCAUUGGAUUGUGGACAACAUGCCGGUGACGUGGUGCUAUGAAGUUGAGGCCAGUCAGAAGUUUUGCAAUCCCGGCUUCCCCAUUGGAUGCUAUGUGACUGAGGCUAGCCAGCCGAAAGACGCAUGCGUUGUGAACACGGAUUUCAACGCACGAGAUACAUUUUAUCUCUUCAACCAUGUGGACAUCACUAUUUUUUACCAUGUGGUGGAGAAUGAAGCCGCUGGGGCGAGAUUGGUUACUGCCAAAAUGCAGCCAAGAAGCUUUAAACAUACGAACAGCGACCAUCCAGAUUGUACAGGAGAACCUAUGGGCAUAAACAACAAAUUCACCGGAGAGCUCAAAGUUGCCUACACUUACUCAGUAAAGUUUGUGGAGGACAAGAACAUUCGGUGGGCGUCUCGCUGGGACUACAUCUUAGAGUCCAUGCCUCACACCAAUAUCCAGUGGUUUAGUAUCAUGAACUCCUUGGUCAUUGUCCUGUUCCUCUCCGGGAUGGUGGCCAUGAUCAUGCUUAGGACCCUCCAUAAAGACAUUGCCCGGUACAACCAGAUGGACUCUGUCGAGGACGCCCAGGAGGAAUUCGGUUGGAAGCUGGUCCACGGAGACGUCUUCCGCCCACCGAGAAAAGGAAUGCUGCUCUCUGUCUUUUUGGGCUCGGGGACGCAGAUCUUCAUCAUGACCUUCGUCACACUCUUCUUUGCUUGCCUUGGCUUCCUCUCCCCAGCCAACCGUGGGGCCCUGAUGACGUGUGCCGUGGUGCUCUGGGUGCUUCUUGGGACUCCAGCAGGUUACGUGGCCGCCAGAUUCUACAAGUCAUUUGGUGGUGAAAAAUGGAAAACAAAUGUUCUACUGACAGCUUUCUUAUGCCCUGGGGUUGUAUUUGCUGACUUCUUCCUGAUGAACCUCAUUCUGUGGGGGGAGGGCUCCUCUGCUGCCAUGCCAUUCGGGACCCUGGUAGCUAUCCUGGCUCUCUGGUUCUGCAUUUCGGUGCCCCUCACAUUCAUUGGGGCCUACUUCGGCUUCAAGAGGAGCGCAAUUGAGCACCCAGUCCGUACCAACCAGAUUCCCCGGCAAAUUCCUGAGCAGUCUUUCUACACCAGACCGCUCCCGGGGAUAAUCAUGGGAGGAAUCCUACCGUUCGGAUGCAUCUUCAUCCAGCUCUUCUUCAUCCUCAACAGCAUUUGGUCUCACCAGAUGUACUACAUGUUUGGCUUCCUCUUCCUGGUCUUCAUCAUUUUGGUGAUCACGUGCUCUGAGGCCACCAUCCUCCUGUGUUACUUCCACCUUUGUGCUGAGGACUACCACUGGCAAUGGCGCUCUUUCCUGACCAGCGGCUUUACAGCCAUCUACUUCCUUGUGUACGCCAUCCACUAUUUCUACUCCAAACUCCAGAUCUCCGGAAUGGCAAGCACGAUCCUCUAUUUCGGCUACACCAUGAUCAUGGCUUUGAUUUUUUUCCUCUUCACAGGAACUAUUGGGUUUUUCGCCUGUUUUUGGUUCGUAACCAAGAUCUACAGCGUAGUGAAGGUGGACUGAGGACACUUCGACUCCAUCGUCUUCCGAAGGAUGAAUGUACAGCUUUCCGGGUCUCCUGGCGUCCAUAUGACCGCUAUCAAUCAGAAAAAGGUCCUAGAAUUUUUUCCAAAAAGUUUUCUAUUAUAAUUUCACUGAGCAGGUUCUAUAAGUUUUGAAGAAU